UCAUUAUUGAUGUCGUUAUCCAAACUUAUCAGCAGUGAACAUUCGCUAGAACGUUACACAAUCACUGAAAGUGAUGACAUUGGCACGAAUUAAUUAGCUCACAAUAUAAACUUUUUUCCUUCUGCCAAAUAAAUUCGAAAACAUUGUUUUGAAGUAUUAGAAAAAUAAAUAAAGGUGUUUGAAGAGUAUCUUGAUAAAAAAUACUUCCUAUUUAGUGUCAAUGGGUGCAUAAAAUAGUACUCGAAGGAGUAAACGGCACCAUUCUGCCCCAGCCAGUUUAUCUCGCUACGUGCGUAAACUAUGCACACGCUAACACAUAUUUAGAAGAAGGCGUUCGCAUUACAUCUGUGAAGAAACAGAUUUGUAGUUAUGUUGCCAAGAAAAUAUGUGGGGGUUUCAUAUUUCAAAUCAUUUGGCUGAUAAUUUGACCGAGAUUAUAUAAGUUACUUUAAGAUGAUAUAUAUAUAACGGCACGUUUAUAAUAUCAAAUUGUCGUCUCCGUGAUAUGUAUGCUUAAAUAUGGCUUCUAGACAAUCACCAAGUUUACCAGUACUCUAUACAACAGGUACCCAUUAUGAUGUAGGCUACAACACCGGGGUCACCUUUUCCAAUAAUAUUCGACAAUAUGUCAAUUCCUCUAAAAGAAUUUGUGAAAAAAUCAAACCAUAUUACGACACACAGGAGGGAAGAGAAUUGUAUGACAUAUUUUUAAAGGCCACGGAGGACAGCUACCCACAGUAUUGUCGAGAGUUGCGGGGAAUUUCUGACGGUAGCGGCGUUCCGUUUGAGAUGUUAUUUCUCUUAAAUAUAUCACCAGAAGUUAGAAGGCAUUUGGAAAGGGAGGCAACACCUAAAGUUGAAGCGGAUGGUUGUAGCGAUAUUUUCCUUAAUAGUCCUAACUUGAAACUUUUAGUUCACAAUGAAGAUUGUAGUCCAUUGGUAAAACAAUAUGGAUAUAUGUUGAACACAAAAAUUGAUGACGUAGAAGGAAAAGAGCGGUUUAUGGCUUUUUGUUACCCAGGAAUUUUACCGGGACCCGCCUUUGCUGUUAACGGGGAUGGCAUGGUAAUAACUGUUGACGGAUUAUAUCCUGAACGUGUAACAUUAGGAGCACCACCACGUUAUUUUGUGAAUAGAUCUUUAAUGCGCAUGACUGAUAUAGAUAGUGCUAAGACAUUAGCAAGAAAUGCAGGUCACGGAAUGGCUUUUGGCUUUUGCGCUAAUAUAUCCUCCAUUCGAAACACUGAACAAUCUUGGGCGCUAGAAAUUGCCCCAGGACAUCCAAACGCAGGAAUCCAGAUUCACACGAUUGAGGAAGGUACAGAAUUGAAUCCUAAUUACUAUUUUCGUUGUAACAGCUAUAUGCAUUCCACAGUAGAGGAGGAGUAUGAUCUUUGUUCAACACACCGAAUGUUACGGGCCCAGGAGUUACCAGCACCAAAAUCAUUGCACGACAUACUCAACAUACUUGGUGAUACACACCACGAUUUAUAUCCGAUAUUCAAAACACCACGAGAAACAGACCGGGGCGAAACUGUGCUGACAGUUUCCAUGAAUAUUUUAAAUAAAACCAUGAAUCUUUACCAAGGAAAUCCAAAAUAUCACUCUUACCCAUUCAUGUCUUUGCCACUGGAAUUAUACAAUGAAAUAAUUUGAAUGAUUGAAAAUAGUUUAUCAAUUAAAUGUUAAUAAAUUCAUUGAAUUAUGGAGCAACAAAAUGUGCAAAGUAGAAUCAGUAAAAUCUCCUUUGAAAGAGUCGACGUUCCCAGAAAGUUUCAUAGUUGAUGGGGGGUUGGAUGGCCGAAUGGUUAGAUCGAACACCUCUUCCGAAGUACUUUUAAUUAAUUAUCAUAUUGCUAGAACUUAAUAUAGUUGCUUUUCUGGCCUAAAUUGCCAUUUAAAAGUAUGCUAAUAUACUGUCUAAAGAGCUUGGAAGCCAUUUCUCAAAUCUGAAUGUAAUAUAGUCAAAACACUCAAAGCCUUUGCGAUAUUUUGGUUAUUCUUAUUUCCAAACUUUUCAUUCGACCCCUAAUCUUGUAAUAUUUUACACCUUUCCCGAAAAGCGACAAAUUCUUCUAUCGUUGAACCUAAUAAAGUCAAAAUCUCCAUACCUGGGGGAUCUUGUCGGUUUUUAUCUUAUUCAGAAUCUCUUAUUACUUCCCACUUUUAUGACUAUCCGUUGAUUUUUCCCUCAAACACCUCUUCCGAAGAACUUCUAAAUAAACAGCAUAGUGUUGAACGUAAUAAAAUAAGGUCAAAACCUCAAACGUUCUUAUGUAAUGUUGCUGAGUUUCUAAAAAUUUACCUUGCUGAGAAUGCUCGAAUUUUUUACCCCGACAAAAUGUAUAUUACUAGUAUGAGCAAAAUAUCAAUUUACAUCAAUGUUCGUAAACAUGAUUAUGAUGCGGGUAUAAGUAUAGAUUAUGUGUCAAAACAAUAGAUUCAUUGAAACGUAAACAGAAAAAAAACAAUUUAUGGAAAUGAAAAUGAUUAAAUGGCAGUAUGCUCAUUCAGUGUCAUCGAGAAUAUCUGCUUCAAACGUAAAUAUAAACCUUAAUCCUAUAUAUUUUUAUAUGUGUGUAUAUAUUGCAAUAUUUGACGACCUUAAGCUCAAAUAAAUCAAUGCUAGAAAAAGAAAUAUAUUGUCGUCACAAUUUGUAGAGAAAAUGUUAUAUACAGGUUAAGAAUGAGACAGUUUCAAUAAAAUAAUUUCCUUUGAGUGACAACUGUUGUACAUUAUCCACCCCAAAAUAGACUUGAAAUUUAAAAGGCAAACCUCAAUGUCCUAAAACUUACUAUAUUUAGUGACUACCAAACAUAACAAUGAAAGUGUGUGUAAGAUAGAUGUGUUAAAUUAUUUAUCUCCAGAGAAUUCUGCCUUAACAGGUUUACAAUAGGCCUUUUCAAUGUAAAAUUUUAAGAGCAAUGGAAAAUUAGGGCUUAUAUGAUUUGUAGUGUUAAAAUAUACUAAUGUCCAAAAGAAAGUAUACACUGUGCAUUUUGUGCUACAUCAACCAAAGUCGUUUUUCCAUGGUAUACGGUAUUUGGGUAGAAUGUCAAUUUGUUUCACAUUUUUAUUUUGCUUAGAAAUGUUGAGUUUGGACGCAAGAGACCAACCCAGUAAUGCUUUAUCAAAUGUUUUUAAUCUAAACAAAACUUAGUCAUACUUUUAGUGUGUAUACUUUCUUUUGGACGUCAGUAUAGGUCUGGAAAGUAAAGGCUUGUAUAGCUGACACACAUCGUCUUGAGUGUUUAUAGAAUAGGUCAAUAACUAGACUCGUCGCGCAGACGGCAGAAAUUUCGUCUGCUAAAAUUUCGUCUGCUACUUACUGUGUAAAAUCCUACCAGCUCGUAAAUAUAAGCUUCGAGUUGUAAUUGGUAUGACACCAUAAAUCCAUUAAAAAUUGCAAUUUCAUAUUUUUACGUUAUAUUUUUAAAAUUUAUUAAAAUAAAGCCUUAAAAUAGAUGGUAUCUAUAAACAGUCCUACCUUUUUAAAGAAUAAUCCUAUUAAUCCUAUAAUUCACUAUUGCCAGUUGAGAAAUUGGCAAAAAUAUCAUUUUCCUCUUCAAAUUCAAACGUUUGAGGAUAGCUACUCCAUGGUGGAGAAUAGAAAACAAGGGAGAUAAUUGGGAGGUAAUUGUGUUAUUAUUUCCGGUGUAAAUGAGUUUUAAGUGUGAGAAUGAACACCUAUGACCGUAUGAUAGUGAGUUGACAACCUAUUGCGCAAAAUACAUAGAAAUAAUUAUGUUUUGACUUUCUUUUAGAAAAUAUGAAAUUGUAACUUUAACUAAUAUAAAUGAUUAGAAAACGAUGAAGUAAUUACUAUUUGAUUUUAAACUACUAUAAAUUAUAGGCUAUACAAAUAUUUGUUGUGGGUGAAAAUAACCAAGUAUACCUGGUAUUCGUAUUGACUUAGAUUACCAUAUACUCAAUAUCAAAAUAGUCAAAAUAUCUUUAACAUCAUUUGUACAUGCUAUGUAACUUAUUGUAAUUAUACCUUGAUUGAAGUUUUAAAUGCAAUGGCACCACCUUUUAAUAUAUAUUUUAAUUAACCUGAU